AUGUCUUAUUCAUUUGUCUUCAAUGAUACUCCACAAGUUUUAAACAUUUUCUCCGAGUGGUUGUGCUGGUGUAUUCUUUGGGCUGGUAUCAAAGUAUCUUCCUUCAUUUCCCAAAAGAAAACACUUGAUGUCCGAAGAGAUAAGGCCGAGGAAGAAUCAACAAGCCUUGCGUUCUUUGUCGUCACAUCCAGCGUUUGUGCGUCAAUCGUAGAGGUCAAUUGGAUACUGCCAUUCCUUACUCCCGCUCUGUACAUUGUCACUCAAAAUAAUUCUGUCGAUAAAUACGUCCUACCUAGCAGUUUCAAAUCCGAGAGAUCAGAAUACCCGGCCAACUACGGCUACCAUUUAAUUUUCUAUAUUCUUAUCGCUAUUUCAACUAGUGUUCUCUUUCUACCCUCGUCAGCAAAUCCUGUCACUAUCGGCCUAGGACUUAUUUUUCUCAUCUGUCAAACAGCUACUUACUCUCGUCUUUCACGUCACGUUGAUGAAGUUCAAUCCGUACAUCAACUCUUUUCAAAGCUUGAAGGAACAUGCUGCUGGGUCGUUUGCUUCCUCACUGUUAUCCUCCUCGUUUCACAGCAACAAGCUCCCGAUAUCCUUCGUCUAUCAGUCUCCAGUAUCUUUAAAGCUUCGUUAUGGAUUGCUAUGAUGCUUCUUUGCAAUGAAGGUCAUGCCUGCGUUUUGACUCUCAUGUCUACAUUCGGGUUAUCCACGAUGUACAUAAACGUCAUUCCAUCUCCAAUUCUCGCCGCCCUCUCGUGUCUUUGUGCACUUCUAAUUCUAGCACAUAUCACGUCCACCUUACCUCACAAAUGUUCUACACGUCGUAUCAUAAUUUUCUUCGCCAUUUUCCCCAUUGCUGCGCUCCUCUUUCGCUUCGGAAUUUCCGAGACGAUUGAGGCAUUCUCUGAAAUGGUGAAUGGGUUGUUUACUGAGACUCUUUCAAGUUGUACGAUGAAUGGAAAUAGUACUGUGCGGGAUGUUACCGACAUAGUUCAAACAGUUAUAGAUGAGCCGUCUCGACUGGUAGCAGAAUUUGGGCCUAGAGAGGAACCUAAAUCGUGGCUAGAUGCGAUUGCAAGAUUUUCGAAUCCAUAUGAGGAUUCAACUCCUGUGACUAUUGAGUUACGAUAG